AGAUGACCGCCAUCUUGCAUGCUGAGGUGUGGUUCGUCGCCGGGAUCUUUAGCGCUGGAGUUUCAGCCCCUCCAGGUAUCUGCCUUGGGGCCGCGUUUCCGCAUUUCAGCGUCUCUAAAGCCCGUAUCUUUUCAAAAGAGGGUUUCAUUGGGAAGUGAAAGUCAAUGCGGAGCUGCGGAUAAGAUGCCUUAUGGUGAAAUUGAAGCUAAAUCCUUGGGACAUGGGGAAGAAUUAACAAGUGAACCAUGCUACAAAAAAAUGAAGUCAACUGAAGAGUCUUUCCCCCCCCUCCAUCAUGGUAUUUCUAAUUUUCACAGAGUCCAAGAGAAAACUGGAAAUGAUUUGGUCCCUGUGACCAUUAUUGAUGUCAAAGAACAUAGUUCUCAGGAGGACAAAACCAAAACUACAGAUUUGCUGAAACCUGUGCAUGAUGAAAUGCCUGGUAAUAAACCAGCUGUUACUGAGUCCAUUAAUUCACAAGUUUUACAGGCUGCAAGUUCUCCGUUGGUAUCCACAGAUAAUGAGAUAUAUAGCACAAGUAAAGCAUUUAUAGGACCCAUUUACAAACCCACUGAGAAAAAGAAAUGUAAUGGAAGGAGAAAGCAAGUAGACAAUAUCAAUGAUAUAGAUGGCAAAGGAGGACAAGAUGAGAAACAGAAAUUUAACUGCAAAAAAUCAGAGAUUGAUAAUGAAUUAUUCCAGUUCUACAAAGAAAUUGAAGAGCUUGAAAAUGAAAAAGAUUAUUUAGAAGGCAAUUGUAAGGAACCAAGACCCUCUGAGGAACAAUUUAUUUCAUAUUAUCAGGGCCAUGAUAAUGAUCUGAUCAAAUACGUAGAAGAAAAAAAAGAUCUUAGUAGUGCUUUUCAGUCACAUUAUGGUUAUCAGCAGGACGUGGGGAAUGAGCCAGGCAGAUAUCCUUGUCAUGGACAAGUAAUACCUACAUUUUGUGACAUGCCCUUUACUUCCUUCAGACGUGAGUGGCAAUCAAUGCAUUCUUUUAUAAUACCCAGAGGUCCCCCUCUUUCCAGUUCUAACUAUCAUUUAAAUAUUCAAAGAUUCAGUGCUCUACCAAGUUCAUCAAAUAUUUUCCAUGCCCAAGAUGGCUCUCAGAUUCAAAAAGGAGGUUAUGAGACUAGCUAUCAUGGUAAUUGGAAUUGGUUGACUUGUGAUCAGAACACUGGAUAUACUGACUGUAGUGAGAAUAUCAGUAAUGAUCUUCCCUCUGGAAAUGUCUACAGAGUACAAGAUGCACAUAUGAGUAAUGGUUGCUGUGAAUCCAGUGAAGGAUACUGGAAGGAUACUUCUAAAGACAAGUAUAGUAGCACAGACAGGUUUAUGAACCAGCAGUUUCAAGAGGAGAAGUUAGGUAAAUUGCAGAAAUUACUUAUUCUUUUAAGAGGCUUGCCUGGUUCUGGGAAAACAACAUUAUCUCGAAUUCUGCUUGGUCAGAGUCGUGAUGGCAUUGUGUUCAGCACUGAUGACUAUUUUCACCACCAAGAUGGGUACAGGUAUAAUGUUAAUCAACUUGGUGAUGCCCAUGACUGGAACCAGAACAGAGCUAAGCAAGCUAUCAAUCAGGGGAGAUCUCCAGUUAUAAUAGACAAUACUAACACACAAGCUUGGGAAAUGAAACCAUAUGUGGAAAUGGCCAUAGGAAAAGGAUACAGAGUAGAGUUUCAUGAACCUGACACUUGGUGGAAAUUUGAUCCUGAAGAAUUAGAAAAGAGGAAUAAACACGGUGUAUCUCGAAAGAAGAUUGCUCAGAUGUUGGAUCAUUAUGAAUAUCAAAUGUCCAUCUCUAUUGUAAUGAAUUCAGUGGAACCAGUGCACAAAAGCACACAAAGACUUCCUCCUUCAGAGGAGAGACAGAGAGAUGGACAUUUCAAGAAAACAAGCACAGGCUCAGCAAAACCAAAGAGAAGAGAAACAGAAAAAGAAAUAAAGAGCAGAACAGUCAUAGUGAAAUUAUGGAGGAAACCUCAUUCAAAACUAUAGACUAUUUUAUGCCAUACUAUCAGGACCCAUCUCAGAAUGAAGGGAAAGAUGAAGACUUGAAGUGACCAAAAGAGACUGAGGUGUACCUUCACUGGUAAUCUGUGAAACAAUCUGGGAUAUUUAGGGAAUGGCCUUAAAGAUGAAAUGUGGGAAAAUAUAAACCUUUAAGACAGUUUCCCAAAUGUUAUGUCUGUAGUUGAGUUGGUCAAUACACGAAAGAAUUACCUCCCUACGGAAGACUUGUUUCUAAGUUUGUCCUUGAGGCCAAAUGAGAACUCUCUUACUUGUCCAAUAGUGACUCAAAACCUUCCCUGUGUAGCAGGUUAUGACUACUCUGGCAAAAAGGUAGUCAAUGUUUCAAGCACAUUGGAAAUGGGCUUACCAUGGUAUUAGACAUCUAAGACCAAUUUGCUGAAACCCCAGGCUCAUUUAUGCAGAAGAGAGAGGCUGUAGAUGAAAGUCUUCGAAAGCAACAAUUCUGAGCUGUCCGUAUGGAUCCAGAAAUUGAGACAAAGUUUUAGGAAAGGAACAAGGAGGAAAUAUAACAAAAAACAGUUGGGUUUUUUUCACCCCUCAAAUAAUAUAUCUGGUGAAGAAUUAUAGCUGAGCUCUGAUAGAUAACCCUACUCUAUUAGCUGGCCUAAGGGACCUCAUAACUUUAUCAGGGAAUAGAAAUCAAAGAAAGAUAGAUGGCAAAAGCUGGCUUGUCCUAACAAGAAGGGGCAAUUGAUUAAAUUGGUCUCCACUUCUGAAGGAGCAUGAGGACCAGGAAGCAGUCCAGAAACAUUAAUAGAGGAGAAGCUAUUGAUAGAAAAUGAAGGUUUGUCACUUGUAGCUGAGAUCAUAAAUUCAGUCAUAGAAAGAGAAACAAGUCUCUUUGUAAGCUGCUCACUUAAACUGGAUAUAUCCCAGAGAGUGCCUUACAGUAAACAAAUAGAAAGAGGAGGCAGAAAAGGGUUUUCAAUUUGGCACCAAACUUUAACUUACCGAGACAGAGUCGUAUCAAUGUAAAAGAAAGGGAGAAAUAUGACUUGUUAACAGAAAUCCAUGUACUAAAAAUUAUUUUGGAAGAAGAAAAAGAUAGAAUUUCAGAAAUAAAUAAUGAAGAGGAGAAUAAGCAAAACCAUAUGACAUUCAAUCAUUAUCUAUUCUGAUUUUACUCUGAUAUUACCCAAUUGUCCCUUCUAAGUGUUGGUGGACAAUUUGACUCUCAGUAUCUGCCAUUUAAGAGGCUAAAGCACUCUGUACAGUAUUUUUAUAAAAACCCUGUUCCUUCUUGUGUGCUACAAUCUACAACCAGCAUUUGGAAGAUAUCUUGUACAGGGAAGAUACCAUUUUUGACUUUCCAACUCAGACAAGAGUAGGUAAUAUGCUAAAUAACACAGGGUCUAUGUCUCCAGGAAUUUUAAAUAUCUCACCUGAUACUUUGUAGUCUGUUAGGAUCACUUCUGAUAUUCACUUUUUAAAUGAAAGGUUUGGUGAAAAGCUGAAGCCAUGAGAAAAAACUAAACAAUUACACUUCUUACAAACUGAGGGAAAUCAAUAUUCAACAAACACUGACCUUGAUUUACUUGAGCUACUAUUAUUAUUCAACUAAUAAAGCUUUGCGGGUCUCCUGGAGUUCCCAUACAUGACAAAUAAAAAGUCCAGUUGAAUAUAUAAUUUUUCAGGUGCUUCUACUUGGUGUUAGUGAUUUCAUGCAAUUAAUUAGUCUUGUGAUACUUUUUGGAAGUGGGCGACUCAUAGCAAAUGGUGUUUGAUCUUUAGAAUCAUGUUCCUUGUGACCUCUGUGACCAAUAGUCUUAAAUGUAUUUGAGCAUGUAGAAUACUUAGACUCUGAAUUUAAAUAGACGCUGGGCAAACUAGUGAUUAUGUACCAUAUAUGGAGGAACUUUUUUUUUAACUCUUUACAUUCUAUAUUUCCAUUGUUUGGCACAUAGCCCUUUCCUUUCUCAGUCAUAAGAUGGCAUAUAAAUAUAAGAACAGUGAAGAAGGGUAUAGUAAAGCAUAAAUGAUGAAAAAAAAUCACCUGUAAUAGUUGCAUUUAAUUUUAUCUUUGUCCUAACCUGAAGACCUUUUUUUUCUUUCAUUGCUUUUAGAGAGAGAGGAAAGAUGAGAGGGGUGUCUGUUUGUUUGUUUGUUUGUUUGUUUGUUUGUUUUAGAAAGAGAGGAAAGGAGGGAGAAAGGGAGAGAAACAUCAAUAUGAGACAGAAACGCCAGUUGGUUGUAUUUUGUUCAUGCUCUGACUAGGGACUGAACCCAUGACCUGGAUAUGUGCCCUGACCAGGAAUCAAACCAUCUACCUUUUGGUUUUCUGGACAAUGCUCCAGCCAACUGAGCCACACUGGCCAGGGUGACUUUAAUUUUUAAAGACUGUCUGAGAAGGGCAUAGAAAAGAUUAGAAAGGGGUCUGACUGGUGACUUGAAAGGUUCCUUCAGGUUCUUAACAUUGUUCUUGGAAAUGAAAAAUUCACCUGUGAAUUAAAAAAGUGGAAAUAUAAUU